AUGCAUCGAUGGCAGCGCGUGAGGGAGGACGCCUACAAGGAGCUGGUCAUGCAGCAGAGCAAGCACGUCACUCAGAGCUCCUGGACAAAAGUCCUGGAUGAAUUGCAGAGCUGGGUCGUGAGAGAAGGACAAGCCAUUCUUGAAUUGUAUGAUGCGGUCGUGAAUCGUGUCGUGAUUCCAUUGGACUUCCUGCUUUUGGCGGACGAAUUCCCUUAUCUUUCUGAAUAUUUCCUCAAGGACUAUGCGGGAUUCCAGAAAUCUCUCCUCGCUGCAUGCAAAAUUUUCAUCACAGCUUGCACAGAUGUUGGCAAGGUCGAUGUCGAAUGUUUGAGGUGUGAUAUUCGUCUGUUUUACCAUUUUGCUGUUGCCACGGAUUUUAGAAUCACUUUUUUUGCAGGUUAUGGGUCCGACCUUCUUGCAUUCCUUGUCUCCCUUGGCUCGAUAUGA